GCGGGCCGGGCUCAGCGGGAGGAGGCGGAAAGUUUGUGGAGCGGCUGGGGCUGGCGGAGACUGCAGCGGGUUGGGCGCUGUCUGCUUCUCCCGGCGGCCCCGGGGCAUGAGCAGGACCUGCCGACCGCACUGAGAGCCGGCAGGUUGCGCCUGGGCGAGAGCGGGGCGGCGGCCCAGGGAGCCCCGGCCAUGAGCUGCCCGCUCCGCGCUGCCCCAGCCGCCGCGCUGGGCUUGCUGCUGCUCCUGCUCGGCCGCCUGGCGGGGAGCUCGGCCGCCGGCGGCCCCGGCUCCCCCUCCUGCCCGGCUCCGUGCCGCUGCUUGGGGGACCUGCUGGUCUGCAGCCGCCUCAAGCUGAGCCGGGUGCCCGAGCGGCUCCCGCAAGGGGUGGUGCAGCUGGACUUAAGUCACAACAGAUUAUCUUCAAUCAAGGCCAGUUCUUUGAGUCACCUUCAUAGUCUUCGAGAAAUAAAAUUGAACAACAAUGAACUGGAGACCAUACCUAAUCUGGGACCAGUCUCUGCAAAUAUUACUCUUCUGUCCUUGACCAGUAACAAGAUUGGGAGCAUCUUGCCUGAACAUCUGAAACCAUUUCAGUCUCUAGAAACUUUGGACCUGAGCAACAAUAAUAUUUCAGAGUUGAAAACUGCAUCAUUUCCUUCUUUGCAGCUCAAGUAUCUGUAUAUUAACAGUAAUCGAAUAACCUCCUUGGAGCCAGGUGCCUUUGACAGUUUGUCUAGCACACUUCAAGUAUUGAAACUGAACAGGAACAAAAUUUCAGCCAUCCCUCAAAAGAUGUUUAAGCUGUCCCAUCUGCAGCACCUGGAGCUGAAUCGCAACAAAAUAAAAAAAAUAGAUGGGCUUACUUUCCAAGGACUUACUGCUUUGAAAUCACUAAAAAUGCAACGAAAUGGGGUAAAUAGACUCAUGGAUGGAGCUUUCUGGGGUCUAACCAACAUGGAAGUCUUGCAGCUGGACCAUAACAACCUAACAGAGAUUACCAAAGGCUGGCUUUAUGGCUUGCUGAUGUUGCAGCAGCUCCAUCUCAGCCAAAACGCCAUCAGCAGGAUCAGCCCCGAUGCCUGGGAAUUUUGCCAGAAACUCAGCAAGCUAGAUUUAACAUUUAAUCACUUCGCAAGAUUGGAUGAUUCAAGCUUCGUUGGUUUAAGCCUACUAGUUGGACUGUAUAUUGGGAACAACAAAGUAAACUACAUUGCUGAUUGUGCCUUCCGGGGACUUUCCAGUUUACAGACUUUGGAUCUGAAGAACAAUGAAAUCUCAUGGACUAUUGAAGAUAUGAAUGGUGCAUUCUCUGGACUUGACAAACUUAGAAUGCUGAUACUCCAAGGAAACAGGAUUAGGUCCAUUACAAAGAAAGCAUUUUCUGGUUUGGAUGCACUUGAACACCUGGAUCUAAGUAACAAUGCGAUCAUGUCAGUGCAAGGAAAUGCAUUUUCGCAAAUGAAGAAACUUGAAGAAUUGCACUUAAAUACAUCAAGUCUUUUGUGUGACUGCCAGCUAAAAUGGCUACCACAGUGGGUAUCGGAAAACAACUUUCAGAGGUUUGUGAAUGCCAAUUGUGCCCACCCUCAGCUGCUAAAAGGCAGAAGUAUCUUUGCUGUUAGCCCAGAUGAGUUUGUGUGUGAUGAUUUUCCUAAACCACAGAUCACUGUCCAGCCAGAAACUCAGUCAGCAAUCAAAGGCUCCAAUUUGAGUUUCAUAUGUUCGGCAGCCAGCAGCAGUGACUCCCCUAUGACUUUUGCAUGGAAAAAGGACAAUGAAUUACUGCAUGAUGCUGAAAUGGAGAAUUAUGCACAUCUCCGGGCACAGGGCGGUGAAGUGAUGGAAUACACUACCAUACUUCGGCUACGCAAUGUUGAAUUCAGCAAUGAAGGAAAAUACCAGUGUGUUAUUUCAAAUCACUUUGGUUCAUCCUACUCUGUCAAAGCCAAGCUCACAGUUAACAUGCUGCCUUCAUUUACAAAGAUGCCCAUGGACCUAACCAUUCGUGCUGGGGCAACGGCACGAUUAGAAUGUGCUGCAGUUGGUCAUCCAGUACCGCAGAUUGCUUGGCAGAAAGAUGGUGGCACAGACUUUCCUGCAGCACGCAAGAGACGUAUGCAUGUCAUGCCUGAGGAUGAUGUGUUCUUUAUUGUUGAUGUAAAAAUUGAGGACACUGGAGUUUAUAGCUGUACAGCUCAAAACACUGCUGGGAGCAUUUCAGCUAAUGCAACACUGACAGUACUAGAAACACCAUCAUUUUUGCGGCCCUUGCUAGACCGAACAGUAACAAAAGGUGAAACUGCAGUCUUGCAAUGCAUUGCUGGUGGUAGCCCUCCGCCUCGGUUGAACUGGACUAAGGAUGACAGCCCGUUGGUGGUAACAGAAAGGCACUUCUUUGCUGCAGGCAACCAGUUACUGAUUAUUGUGGACACAGACAUUGAAGAUGCUGGGAAAUACACUUGUGAAAUGUCUAAUACGCUUGGAACAGAGAGAGGCAACAUUCGUCUAAAUGUAAUUCCCACUCCCACUUGUGAUUCUCCUCAAAACAUUGCUCCAUCAUUGGAUGAUGAUGGAUGGGCCACAGUCGGUGUAGUGAUCAUAGCAGUGGUUUGCUGUGUGGUGGGCACUUCCCUUGUGUGGGUGGUCAUCAUAUACCACACAAGGAGAAGAAAUGAAGAUUGCAGCAUCACAAAUACAGAUGAGACCAACUUGCCUGCUGACAUUCCAAGUUACCUGUCAUCCCAGGGAACAUUAGCUGAAAGGCAGGAUGGGUAUGGGUCAUCAGAAAAUGGAAGUCAUCAUCAGUUCAUAACUUCUUCAAUGGGGGGAUAUUUUUUACAGCAAAGAGAUAGUAAUGGCAUUUGUCAUCUAGAUAAUGACAGUGAAACAGACCUGGAGGUUGUUACAGAUCCAUUUUUAUGCCACUAUCUGGGGACUUCAGGGACUGUGUAUUUAAAAGGGAAUGCUUAUGGCUCUGACGUUUUUGAAGCAUACCAUACAAGCUGCAGCCCUGACCAAAGAACAGUGUGCAUGGACCCAUGUGACUCUAGUUACUUAAAGAAAAAAGAACGCUAUCCAUAUUCACUUGGAACAUUAUCACAUUCACCAGAAGAUCCCUUUGACCAGUAUGUUGGCAGCAUUGGAAUGCAGGCUACAAGUAGCAAAUUGCUUGACUCUACUUGCAUGCCAAGUGAAGGAAUUGGAGUGAAAAGCUUGACUCUAAACGCCGACAUCUUUGAUUUGAACAGAAAUCAGGAACCAUCCGCUAUUACCACUAGUAGCACUUUCAUGGGAACAUUUGGAAAGUCUCUAUGGAGGCCUCAACUAGACUCUUUUCCAAGCUGUAUGCAGCCAGCAAGUUGUCAACCCAAAACCUUCCAUAAUAAUAAUAAUCCUCAAGCCUCAUUGGACUUUGACUCAGAGGCAGAGGAAGAUGGAAAGGACAGGAUGGUUUCUCAUGAGGAAAACAGCAUUUGUACUUACAAACAGGCCUUUGAAAACUUUAGGACUCCUACUUUCCAGUCUUGUGACCUGAAUACAUAGCUGCUUUUGGACUGGCCAUUGAUAGAUGGAACCAAAGGAAAUAUUUUUGACAUACUACCUCAAUGUGGAGCUUUAUUUAAAAGGGGUGGGGGGAAUCCAUGUUUUUAAUGGAGCUAUGAAAUCAGAAAGAAUGAAUACGUUUUUAUACAGAUAAAACAUAAUUGCCAAAAUGUUAUAAAAUUUUAUACAGGGAAUACAUUCCUUAGAGAAGUACUAUAUUUCUAAUUAUUUUAUAGCUUUGUUUUAUGCAAAUGGUAUCUCUUGUAAAUUAAUGAUGUAAAUAAUACUAUGUAUAUUUUCUGUCAGACUUCAUUUUAUUGAAAUGAGUACUAAAGCAUCCUAAACUUGUACCAAUAUCUGUACCUUUUUAUGAAUGGACGUUCCGUGCUGUUUGCAGGUACCAUGCAUCUUAUUUGCACAUCACUUUUAAUAAAAUAUGCUGCCUUGUGGUCUUGAGACACAAUGGAGUAUGAAAAAUG